AUGACCUUAUUCCUCAUUUCUCUUCUUCUUCUUCUUUUCUUCUAUCACCUUAUCCCUCGUUUCUCUUCUUCUUCUUCUUCUUUUCUUCUAUCACCUUAUCCUCAUUUCUCUUCUUCUUCUUUUCUUUUCUUCAUCACCUUAUCCCUCAUUUCUCUUCUUCUUCUUCUUCUUCUUCUAUCACCUUAUCCCUCACCUUCCUUCUUCUUUUUCAUCUUCUAUGACCUUAUUCCUCAUUUCUCUUCUUCUUCUUCUUUUUCUUCUAUCACCUUAUCCCUCGUUUCUCUUCUUCUUCUUCUUCUUUUUCUUCUAUCACCUUAUCCCUCGUUUCUCUUCUUCUUCUUCUUCUUUUUCUUCUAUCACCUUAUCCCUCAUUUCUCUUCUUCUUCUUUUUCUUUUUCUUCUAUCACCUUAUCCCUCAUUUCUCUUCUUCUUCUUCUUCUUCUUCUUCUAUCACCUUAUCCCUCACCUUCCUUCUUCUUUUUCAUCUUCUAUGACCUUAUUCCUCAUUUCUCUUCUUCUUCUUCUUUUCUUCUAUCACCUUAUCCUCGUUUCUCUUCUUCUUCUUCUUCUUUUCUUCUAUCACCUUAUCCCUCGUUUCUCUUCUUCUUCUUCUUCUUUUUCUUCUAUCACCUUAUCCCUCAUUUCUCUUCUUCUUCUUUUUCUUCUUCUAUCACCUUAUCCCUCACAUUUCUUCUUCUUCUUCUUCUAUGA